UUUGACAGUCUGACAAUGAUCUUUGUUUCUUCCAUGGAUCUACUAAGAAUAUCUGUGGUUCUUUUUAAUCCAUCUAUUUUCGCAAAUCUGGCGGCAUAACGAGAAAAGCUACCGUAUUAUGGUGUUUUAGUUGAUAGACCAUGUUUUUGUGUUUCGGUUUUUAGGUCUUGAUUAACUGCGUAUUAUUUGAAAAAAAUGGCAUUCAACUUGGAUAAAGAUUGUUUUCAACGGCGUCUUCAAAAACUCUAUAAGUCAUGGUUAGUGAAAACAGAAGGGGAGAAUGGAUUCUCUAGCGUGGAUGCUUUGGUGACUGCUGUAGGAGUUGAUGAUAAUGUGAUGUACAGCAAAUCAGGAGCCUUACACAAUUGGUUGUUGGGUUAUGAAUUAACUGAUACCAUAAUAGUAUUCACCGAAAAAAAAGUAUAUUUCUUGGCUAGUAAAAAAAAAAUUGAUUUUGUUAAACAGGGUGAAAGCUCUGAGCCUAAUGCGAUAGAACUAACAUUUUUGAUAAGAGACAGAAAUGACAAAGAUAAAGCAAAUUUUGAAACACUCAUCAAGGCUAUUCAGGGAAGUAGAAACGGUAAAACAAUUGGAGUAUUCCAAAAAGAUAAAUAUCCUGGUGAAUUCAUGGAGUCGUGGAAAGCUGUGGUUUCAGAAGCUAAACUUGAAACUGUUGACAUUAGCAUUCCAUUUGCAUAUUUGAUAGCUCCAAAAGAGGAUUCAGAAAUUACGACAAUUAAGAAAGCUUCUAUGAUAACUGUUGAUGUAUUCACAAAAUAUCUUAAGGAUCAAAUUAUGGAAAUUAUUGAUUCUGAUAAAAAAGUUAAACAUAGUAAACUUGCAGAGGGUGUUGAAGGAGCUAUUAAUGACAAAAAAUAUGUUUCUGGGGUUGAUUUGUCUCAAAUUGAUAUGUGCUACCCUGCUAUUAUCCAGUCUGGAGGAAAUUAUAGUUUGAAAUUUAGCGCAGGAAGUGAUAAAAAUAUCUUACAUUAUGGCACCAUAAUAUGUUCUUUAGGUACCCGUUAUAAAUCUUACUGUUCCAACUUGAUAAGGACAUUACUUGUCAAUCCUAAACCAUUGGUUCAAGAAAAUUAUAAUUUGCUACUCAAUUGUGAAGAUGAAGUCUUGAAGAAAUUGGUAGCUGGCUCUAAAUUAUGUGAUGUUUAUAAUAUUGGUUUGAAUUUCAUAAAGAAAGAAAAGCCUGCCUUGGUUGACCACCUUACAAAAAAUUUUGGAUUUGCAAUGGGUAUUGAAUUCAAAGAAAGUUCUCUUCUGAUUGCACCAAAAACUACUGCUGUUGCCAAAAAGGGAAUGGUGUUCAAUUUGAAUAUUGGACUAAGUAAUUUAGAAAAUAAAGAGGCAACAGAUAAAGAAGGUAAAACCUAUGCAUUAUAUAUUGGAGACACUGUUUUGGUUAAUGAAGAUCAGCCUGCGACAACUCUUACUGUGAGCAAGAAAAAACUUAAGAAUAUUGGUGUUUUCCUUCAAGAAGACUCUGAAGAGGAGGAAAAUAAUACAGAGAAAGAAAAAGCACCAAAAGAUGAAAUUUUAGGAAGGACAAGCAAGAGAACAGCAGUAUUAGAUUCUAAGCUGCGUACAGAACAUACUUCUGAGGAAAAACGAAAGGAGCACCAAAAAGAACUAGCCAUUUUAUUGAAUGAGAAAGCAAAGGAAAGGUUAGCAAAACAAUCAGGGGCUAAAGAUGUGGAAAAAGUUAGGAAGAAUAAUGUUUCAUACAAGAAUGUUAGUCAGAUGCCAAGGGAUUCAGAAGUCAAGGAAUUAAAACUUUAUGUAGAUCAGAAGUACGAGACAGUAAUUUUACCAAUUUACGGUAUACCUGUGCCUUUUCAUAUUUCGACUGUGAAAAAUAUUUCCCAGUCUGUUGAGGGAGAUUAUACAUAUUUACGUAUUAAUUUUUUCCAUCCUGGUGCUACAAUGGGUAAAAGUGAUGGCACAUAUCAACAGCCUGAAGCUACUUUUUUGAAAGAAUUAACUUACCGCAGUACAAACAUCAAGGAACCAGGUGAAAUUUCACCACCCUCCUCCAAUUUGAACACAGCUUUCAGAUUGAUCAAGGAAGUUCAGAGAAAAUUCAAAACACGAGAGGCUGAAGAAAGGGAGAAGGAGGACUUGGUUAAGCAAGAUACUCUAGUUCUAUCCCAAAACAAGGGUAACCCAAAGUUGAAAGACCUUUACAUUCGACCAAAUAUCGUUUCUAAGAGAAUGACUGGAUCUCUUGAGGCUCAUUCGAACGGCUUCAGGUAUACUUCUGUCCGAGGCGAUAAGGUGGAUAUUCUGUAUAAUAACAUUAAAAAUGCCUUCUUUCAACCUUGCGAUGGUGAAAUGAUAAUUUUGCUACACUUCCACCUGAAGCAUGCUAUAAUGUUUGGAAAGAAGAAACAUGUCGAUGUGCAAUUUUAUACGGAAGUGGGAGAAAUCACCACAGAUUUGGGAAAACAUCAGCAUAUGCAUGAUAGGGAUGACUUGGCUGCCGAACAAUCCGAACGUGAGCUAAGGCACAAACUCAAGACGGCUUUCAAGAGUUUCUGCGAAAAAGUGGAAGGCAUGACCAAGCAAGAAAUCGAGUUUGAUACCCCAUUCAGAGAAUUAGGUUUUCCCGGUGCCCCCUUCCGUUCAACAGUUAAUCUACAACCAACAUCAGGUUGCCUGGUCAACCUUACCGAAUGGCCACCAUUUGUUAUUACAUUAGAAGACGUUGAGCUAGUCCAUUUUGAAAGAGUUCAAUUCCACCUUAAGAAUUUUGAUAUGGUGUUUGUCUUCAAAGAUUACAGCCGUAAAGUUGCAAUGGUUAAUGCUAUACCUAUGAAUAUGCUGGAUCACGUUAAAGAGUGGUUGAAUUCUUGCGACAUAAGAUACUCAGAGGGUGUUCAAACACUCAAUUGGGCCAAAAUUAUGAAAACUAUCACAGAUGAUCCUGAAGGUUUCUUUGAAAGUGGGGGCUGGACAUUCUUAGAUCCGGAGUCCGAUGUAGAAGAUGCAGCUAAAGAUGAAGAUUCCGAAGAUGAAGACGAUCCUUAUGAACCUACAGAUCUUGAAAGUGCAUCUGAAUAUUCUGAAGAAGACUCUGAAUAUUCAGAAGGUGAUACUGAAUCAGAUGGUGAUUCAGAAGAGGAAUUAGGAUCUGAAGAAGAAUCUGGAAAGGAUUGGUCUGAUUUAGAGAGAGAAGCUGCAGAAGAAGACAGGGAACGUAAUAAUAAAUAUGAAGAUGAUUUUGAUAAAAAGAAAGUCUCUUCAAAACACUCUUCAAGCAGGCAUUCAUCAAAUAACAAACAUAGCUCUUCUUAUAGUAGUAAUAAUAAACAUAAAUCAUCGAAGCAUGAUUCACAUAGUAAACAUUCUUCUAACCAUUCCUCCAGCCGAAGUUCAAAGCAUAACAGUAGCAGCAGCAGUAGAGAUAAAGAAAGGGAGAAGCAAAAAGAAAAAGAGAGACAAAGGGAAAAAGAAAGAGAGAAGAGCAAGCAUUCGUCGUCCAGCUCUAGUUCUAAGAGAAAACAUUCAGAAUCUCCUAAAAAGGAUAAAAACAGCAAAAACCACAAAAGUUCUCAUUCCUCCAAUUCUCCUAGUAAGAAACGAAGUAGGGACGAUAGUGGAGAUAGACACAAGUCUAAAAAAGCCAAGAAAUGAUUUUGUUCUAUUGAUAUUUUUAAGUUAUUCGUUGAACUUACCUUUUGAAACACGAGUUUAUGUUUGAUAUUUGUGUAACAAUAAAUUUUUAACUAGAA